CCAGACCGGUUCAACGUGUUCCUUCUCCCCUGCCCCAACCUGGACGUUUACGGCGAGUGCAAGCUGCAGAUCACCCACGAAAACAUCUACCUCUGGGAUACGCACAACCCCCGGGUGAAGCUGGUCUCCUGGCCCCUCUGCUCCCUGCGCCGCUACGGCCGCGAUGCCACGCGCUUCACCUUCGAGGCUGGACGGAUGUGUGAUGCAGGAGAAGGUCUCUACACCUUCCAGACACAGGAGGGAGAGCAGAUCUACCAGCGUGUGCACAGUGCCACGUUGGCCAUCGCUGAGCAGCACAAGAGGGUCCUGCUGGAGAUGGAGAAGAAUGUCAGGCUGCUGAACAAGGGCACUGAGCACUUCUCCUACCCCUGCACCCCCACCACCAUGCUGCCCCGCAGCGCCUACUGGCACCACAUCACUGGCUCCCAGAACAUGGCCGAGUCCUCCAGCUAUGCUGGAGAGGCAUACGCAGGUGCCCAGGCCAGCUCGGACACUGACCUCCUCAACAGGUUCAUCUUGCUGAAGCCAAAGUCCUCCAAAAGUGACAAGCCUGAAGGCAGGGAGACUACAUCGUCCCCAUGA